AUGGCCAAACUUGCGUUGACUUGGUGGUGGCCAGGGCUGCUGCUGCUGUUGGAGAGGCCAGCGGAAGGCAGCUGCCCUGACGCAGAAGGCUUCAACGAGAUCUGGGGUUGCCCGGCCGAGUCCUUGGGGCCGGAGCUGCUGGCGGACACCGCUUUUGGGAACACAGCGACUUGGGGCACCUACCUGAAAGACACCGGAUUGGCCUCUUUCAGCUUCACUGGGCAUGGGGUGGUGGUGGAUCCCUUGGCCGAUGAGGACGACACUCCAUGGCACGUGCAAAUCACGCAGCCCAUCACCUUGGAUCAAGGUGGGGAGGAUCCGGCUUACUAUGCGCUUUGCGUGCGAGCAGCUUCAGACAAGGCGGGUGUGCUGCACUUCGCCGUCGACGCUGGCGCCGCACUGAACUUCGCUAUUGCUGGCGGUGGCUCCGCGGGGCGGCUGCAGCUGCGGGAGGGACAGGAGGCCACCGGUGCCUGCUUCAGCUUUCGCUUGGGCCCCUCGAGCUAUGAAUACGAAGGCCGCGUCGUCUUGGACCUUGGCGCCUUCGUUGAGCGCUCAGAGGUCUGCCAGAUCUCCUUGCGGCGCUGCUCCAGCAAACCCGCUGCGCGGGGUUUGAAGCCCCUGCGGCGUUGCUAUUUGGCGCCGCUGGAGGAAGGUGCUGGCUGCACCCUUCUGGAGGUGCAGAGGGGGGUGUUCUAUGACGUCAACCGGUAUGGCCAGGAGACGACUGCAAAGCGCUCUUGUCUCCAAGAGACACGACGUCUCAAAGGCGACAGUUUUGUCUUUGCAGUGGGGCGCUGUGAGAUUUGGCGCUGCGAGCGCCGGUCGAACCUGGUGACCUCUGCCACCUCUUCGCAGCCCAAGGAGCUGUUCAGCGAGCUUUGUGACUACGAUGAGGAGGCGGCAGGCUACCAAGGCACCCAGCGGAGGUCUCCCGUCUACAUCCAGCUUUGGGAGUGGAAUUUCGAGGACAUCGCCAAGGAGUGCGUGCGAUACUUGGGGCCCAACGGCAUCAGCGGUGUGCAAAUCUCGCCGGUGACAGAGCACAUCCUGGGGACCCAGUGGUACACCAAGUAUCAGCCUAUAGGCUUUGGACUCAACAGCCGUUCUGGCAAUAUGGAGCAGCUUGUCAAGAUGAUCAUUGCCUGCCGCUCCGCCGGGGUGCAGGUCAUGGUGGAUGUGAUCUUGAACCACAUCGCUGCGCCCUGCCCCAGCGCACUUGAGGCAGGUUAUGCGGCAGUGAUGCCCUGCACGGGCUGGGCCGGGUCCAGCUAUGGGAACCGCCGCAUCAACACCCAGGAUGGCUGGAAGGGCCCAGAGUUUUUUCACAACAUCUUGGGGAACCUGAUGGGGAACUGUCCCGUCGAAGAGCCAUCCUUCACCUGCCCACAGAGCGAUCCUCCGGGGGAUUGCACGCAAUGUGACUUCAAGGGCUUGCCAGAUUGGAACACCGGCCUCCAGGGCACGCGCGAGACCUUGGCGAAGCAUCUCAUGGAACUCCACGACGUGGGCGUCACCAUGAUCCGCAUCGAUGCUGCCAGCUACAUGUCCUGGGAGGACACCGCGGCGAUCAUCAAUCAGCUGCCGUGGGACGUGGUGCACCAAGAGUGGUGGGGCGGCAUCCCGGCGCCGGAACGCAGCGAGGCGGUUGGGCACUACCGAGAUCAGAAGUAUGGUUUAAAGAUCACCAACGCUUUGGCAGUUGGCGAUGUGAACUAUUUGUCGGAGAUGUUGAACAUCUCAACAGGUUUGGAGGGCAUCCCUUCCGAGCGCGCUGUCUAUCCUUUGACCUUCCAUGACGCCAGGACAUGGGAGGCGGACCGCUUCAUUCCCACCUUUAUGAAUGGCUUAGAGUUCCACCAGCAGCAGAAGUUCCUGCUGGCCUGGCCCAAGGGCAUGGCUGUUCGGCUUUGGGGCGGCUACACGUUCACGAACAUGGACGCCGGACCUCCCGGGGAGUGUGGCAACGGCAGGUGUCAGCCCUUCCCGGUCUACCUCUUCGAAGACGAAGAGCCCAGGUGUAUGCCAACUCCACAGAACUCGCCGCUCUCCGAAGAGGAGAAGGAAUAUGAGGGCUGGAUCUGCGAGCACCGCUGGGAGGGCAUCGCAGGGCUGAUCAACUUCCGUCAGGCCUGCCGCGGCUUGCCGAUCACCAGCAUCUGGUCUUCCAGCGAUGGCUCUGCCUCGUUGGGACAAUACGCGUGGAGAGCCACCCAGGGUCAACAGCAAUGCUUCGCCGCGCUCGUGCGGGGAUUCAACACUCGGUGGCCUGGGCCCUGGGGUCACUUGGGCGAUUGGCGCCUUGCAGGGAUGGCGACGGGCUUGCCGCCCGGGCGCUACUGCGACUUGGCCUCCUUGAGCACUCAAAAGUGUUGGGAUCGGAGGCGCUGCCCGCGUGAAGUGUCCAUUGAUGCGGAUGGUGUGGUGCUGACUGGCGUAGUGCGUGAAGGGGAUUUGCUGGCCAUUCAUACUUCUGCGCGGCUCUCGGACAGCACGGAGCCUUUCGUCUGCGGCCAAACAGAGGAGCUCUCGACGGCCAGCUCUGCUACCGUGCCCCUUUUGGUGGGCGCGCUUGCCAUGGGCUUCCUGACGACGAGUGGCGCACGUCCGCGGGUGCUCGACCUGCAGGCAGUGGAGGAGUUUCACAUCCCUACGGAGGAGGAGAAGUCUAUGACGAGCUGUGAUGGGAUGCGAGAGUUCCGGAAAGGGAGCUGGUUAGAGGUGCCGCUGAAUGCCACCCGAUUGAGGCCGAAAGCUGAGCGGCAGAUGCGUGUGGCGGUGGAGGUCAUCCACAGGAACCACUCGGGGCCCGUCUUCCACGAGCUGCGAUCAUUAGAACAACGACGCUGGAAUGAGGAGAACGCGAACUUCACCUUCUUCAACCCUUCCUUGGUGCGACUGCCGAACGCCUGGAAGCGGCAUGAAGAUGAAAGGUGGCUUGCCGCCUUCCGGCACAUGGAAGCCUCUGCAGAGCUUUACCCGAACUGUGCUCCGCUGGGCAUCUCCAAUGUGAUUGUCUUGGCAGUGCUCGAUGAUGACUUCCGCAUCACUCGUCCCGUGGAGCUCUUAACCGAGGAGGACUGUUUUCCGGAGAAGUUCCAGUGUGUUGAUGCGAAGCUUUCUGACAUCAUCGCGGUGGGCCCGGAAGACCCGAAGCUCUUCCCCGUGGGCGACGGGGUCUUCGUGUUUUUCACCGGCAAGAUGCCCUCCGAGCACUUCAUGAAGCGCUGCGGACACCCGGUAGGGCGCAUGUUUGUGGCAGAGAUUGCCGCGGACCUACAGGUGCACCAUCACCGCUUCACGGUGCGGAUGGAGUCCGAAAUUCAGAACGCCUCCCAGCCAUUGAUCAACAAGGAGCCCUUCCACCACUGGGAGAAGAACUGGAGUCCCUUCAUCUACAAAGAUGAAGAUGGUGAGGAGCAUUUGAUGGCCCAAGAGGACGUCGAGCCGCAGGUGGUGGUUUCCAUGGAUCAUCAGUUCAUUGCGGGCCAACAGGUCUACAACACCAGCUCUCCACAGAUAGAUGCCUGGGUCAAGGAGAAGCAGGCAGAAGCGGAUCAGCAGAAAGAGAUCCUUUUGCCAGGGGUCCAUGGCGGCUGCUCACCGUUGCUCAUCACCGAGCCGAUUGAAGGCUUGGAGAUGGAGCCCCCCUUCUAUCUCUCCAUCCUGCACGUGAGGACCUUGAAGGAUGGCCAGUACUUGGUCUACCACAACUUCUUCUACCUCUUUGAUGCCUCUCCACCCUUCGCCGUACGCCACGUGCUGCGCAAAGAGGUGCCCUUGCUGCCUGGACCUUCAGUCUUUCCUCUCUUGGUGGCCUUCGCCACCCAACUUCUGCGUCUCGACGAUGUGUCGCUGGUGGUGCUCUUCGGAAUGGGUGAUGCGCGGGCGAAGCAGCUCAGGCUGCCACUGAGCCAACUCCAGGACUUCAUUUGA